AUGAAGUGGGAUUUUUCUGAUAAAGUAUGUGGAGAUUCUCCCCUACCAAGGUGGAUGGAACCUGAAUAUUUUUUAAGGAAGCAGAAGUUGAAUGCAAAAGAAAUGGCUGAAGCCCUUAAGAGAGCUAAAGGUUUUAAAUCUAAAGAUCCCUUUUUCAUGAUUUGCAUGCGACCAUCGUUUGUUGGAACUAAGCUUAAUAUGUUUAUACCAUCUGUCUUUGCAAAACAUUACCUCCUCAGUACUAGUAAGCAUCAAGAUGUGAUCCUUAAGUGCUUGCCAUACAAGUCUGUGGAGAAGUACAUUAGUAAGAAAGAAUGUGAGGUAAGGCUUUGGGUUUCGGAUGGUAGAUCUUGGUUUGUCCAAUUAAGGGUGAGGCAAAGAAAUGUGUUACCCAGAGCUGAAUUUUUAAGCCAUGGAUGGAAAGCAUUCGCACUGGACAAUAGUCUGCGAGCGGGUGAUAUUUGCACAUUUGAACUUACUAACAAUGGCAAUGAAAUUUCAUUUAAAGUUUCCAUUGUUAAGAUAGCUGAUGAUGCAUGUAACAAGCAAGUUGCAAAUAAGAGAAGAACAACUACACCAUCCAAGCGAAAGAGAAAUCCUUGUGUGAAAGUUGAAUCUUCUUUUAAUUAUGAUAAAGCCAACAUGAUUCCACAGAACCUGAUUGCAAAGAUAGAACAAGAGAAAAUUAAAGUUGAACCUUCAGACAACUUUAUGAAGCUGAUAUCUGAAGCAAAUACUGGUAAUCAAGGUACUUGUAAGAGGCCUUCAUCUUUUGGACUUAGCAGUGCUUCUGAAGCAGCCAGCCAAUUCUUCUCGAAAAAUCCUUACUUCCAAGUGAUUUUGAGAUCAAAUCACGUGCUUGGAUGUGUACUGCAUAUUCCAUGUACUUUUGGAGUGCAUUAUUUUGAGGAAAAGACACAAACUGUGAUGCUUUGGGUUGGUGAGAAAUAUUGGUAUGUGAAGUUAUUGGCUUAUAAAUCAGAUUAUAAAUUUUCUGCUGGGUGGGUUGCAUUUGCAAAAGGGAACUCUCUUCAGCCAAGAGAUGUAUGCAUCUUUGAGCUGAUUAAGAGAAAUCAAUCUGAGAUGAAAGUUUAUAUAUUUAGACAAAGUGGUUUGGCUCAAGAGUAG